AUGCGCGUAAGAAUAAAUAAUCAAAAGAAAGAAGAAGAAGCAGCUCAGAGAAAAGAAAUUAUUCGCAAAAGAGAAAGAGCGGUUGAAAUGUUGAAAGAACAGCAAACGACACCAUUAAAAUCUUGCUUACAUAAAAGUCCUGCGAGGCUUGCACCGUUCCAUAAACAAAUAAACAUUAAAAAAUUCGAUCAAACUUCCAUUUAUAGUCCGGCACGAAAAGUAUUUAAGGGAAGCGUUUCGAUAAAGAUCGAUAAUUCUAGAGCUGUGGGGCUUUGCUCUGAAGAAAAUGAUAAAACCAGGUUUCUUGAAUCCACCUCAGAACAAAGUGGAGAACAGGAAGAAAUAACUUCUAUCAAAAAUACCUUAUCUUAUUUUGAAGCUACCAAGCAAUCGAAAUUUUCUGUCGCACCUGAACCUCAAAAAUUUGGAAUUGACAAAUCACCGAUGGUAAUACGACUUAAAACAGUUGAGGAUAAGGAUAAUUUACUAGAAAUUCACCAACAAAUCAAUACAGUUCAUAAAAAAAGUUCUAGUGGAAACAAAUGUAGCGAUAAAAUAAGAAACAUAAAUGAGUCGCUGACAUUGCAUGAGGAAAUUGAUGAGAAAGAGCAGAUUGAAUCUUCAUUAUCAUCUGUUUAUAAUAAAGAAAAUAUGAGCGAUGGUAAGACUGCACCAGAGAAUAAUUUAAUACGAUCGAUUUCAAAUCUGGAACCAAAAAAAUAUGGUGGCACGGCUUUAUGUGAUGUGGUUCCUAAAGCAAUCACUGUUGAUCCGAGUUCUUCGCAAUGCACUAAAUCGAAAACAGAAAUUACAAUUUCUCAGCCAGUAAUUAGCGAAAAUUACGACAUUGACGAUAUGUCAUCAGGAGAUGAAACUGAUGAUGAAAAUAAUCCAAAAAAACCGAUUCCUGAUUGGGCUCAAUUCGAAAGAUUGGAAAAUGCUUUACGAGAACAAAUCGGACAUCCACCAAUUACAGAUGAUUAUUUUGGACCAAUUCUUGAACCGGAUCUUGCGAAAAUUUUUGCUCGAAAUCGUGUUUGCUAUGAUAAACGUACUUCGUCAGCACUGUGGUCUUCACCGAUGAAUAAUCCCACUCGGGGAAGCCAAGAAAUAACUCUUUUCGGUUAUGUGGGCGUGAAUCAUGAAUUAUGCGAUUUUAGCCUAAUUAGUAAGGAACUAAUCAUAUGUCGAAAGAUAAGAACAGGCAUUGCUGUCAUGGAUUCGGUUUCUGAUACCUGUUGGACUGGUUGGGCUCAUUCCUGUCUUGUCAAACCAGACGAAUUUCACUGGGGGAUCUCUUGGUGGACAGGUAAGCAGCCAGGAUCGCCUUUGAAAAACUCUGAGAGAAAACACCAGCAUGGGCACUCCGAAACGACAGCAGUUCAUACUGUACCUCAACAUGGAGAUUCCUAA